AUCUUGUUCGACUUAUUUUGCAUCUUUGAUGUGUUGUUGUCGAAGGGCAAUGAACCUAUACCGUCAAUCAUAGCUGCUCUGCACGCAUACUAUGACCAGAUGUCAGCGGGCAUUGUUAGUCCGUUUUUAAACCACGAACAAGCAGUCGGGUUUGUGAAUAAUCUCCAAAAGGUCACCAUCUCCAGCAUCGCUCCCGAGGACAUGAAAUGCCCUUUUUGCUGGAACAUCUACGGUCAAGUUGACGAAGAAGGCGCUAAUAACGACCCCGUACUCACGCCGUGUGGACAUCUAUACGGGCGAGAUUGUCUGGUACAGGUGUUGGAGAGUAGUCGUCUAUGCCCAAUGUGCCGUUCUGACAUGAUCUAACUAGAUGAUGGACUUGAAGUAACACCGUCAGGGCUUAGCCUAGU